GCACAAGCCCAAGAAGCAACUCGCACAACUCCAUUCGCAACCCGCAUCCUCUCUCCACCCGCAAUCGCCAUGAAGUUCACCGCGCUCCUCCCCGCCCUCGCGCUCCUCGCGUCCAGUGCACUCGCCCAGACGACCGUCACGGUCUCGUACGACCAGACCUACGACGACGCGUCGCAGUCCCUGCUCACCGUAGCGUGCUCGGACGGCCCCACGGGCCUCGACCCGCCCUACUCGACGUUCGGCGACCUCCCCGACUUCCCGUACAUCGGCGGCGCGGCCGCCAUCAGCGGGUGGGGCUCCUCGGAGUGCGGGUCGUGCUGGCAGCUGCAGUACACGACGCCGACGGGCACGGAGUACACCGUCAACGUGCUCGCGAUCGACCACACGGAUGAUGGGUUUAACAUCGGCCUGACGGCGUUCAAUGCGCUGGUUGGCGGCGAUGGCACGUUCGUGGGCAGGGUGGACGCGUCUGCCACUCAGGUCGACAAGUCCGUCUGCGGCCUGUAAGCCUCACGGUGAGAUCCUUAUUUGUCGGGAGUCGGUGCUGGAGACUGAUGCACGGUGUACCAUCCCUCCUACCAAUAAGACCAGCCUAUACGAUGAUCAUGUCUCGAAUAUUUGGACAGUGAACGGACUACUACAUACGUCAUGGACUGUUGU